AUGUUGAGAUUCAGCGUACAUGUUUGGGUGGUAUGGUUUCUUUGUGCAGGUGCUUUCUCUGAUGAGGAUGUCACUGGAUGUGAGCAGCAGCCAUGCCAAAACGGUGGCAUCUGUGAGAGUCACAAUGGAGGUUUCAGAUGCCUUUGCUCCCAGCAGAGCCAAAGCGGGCGCCUAUAUGGGGGGGAGACCUGCACUAUUGCACUUUCUGGCUGUGAUGACAUCCAAUGCGAGAAUGGAGGAAUAUGUUCCCCCUUACUUGAAAAUGAUCAACACACUUAUACAUGCGUCUGCCUUGCUGGCUUUACAGGCCCUAAAUGUGAGACCACCACUGUUUUUUCAUUUGAGUCGAGAGGCUACAUGUACAUAGAGACUGAGCUCUUAGACCUAGAGGCCCCACUUAAUGUGACAUUCAGCUUCAGGACAGGAAGACCUGUCGGCACCCUCCUGCACCGCAGAGUGGAUGAUCUGCUACUCAGCAUUGAGCUGAUGGAUGGACAACUCUGCCUCCGCAGCCUGAGAGGCCAUGGGUCCAGCACACUGGUUCAGGAGCUCCCAGAGUACAUGUCCAACAACAAGUGGCACACGGUGGAAGCGUCUCUGGGCGGGGUGGUCAGCCUAAUCAGGCUACUCUGUACUGAAGAAAGCUGCACCAGGGACACACACACUGAUGUCCAUCUGCUGGAGCAAACCUCUGUUGCUCUCCCCCAGCCAGAAACAUUUCGCCAAAUUCUCUUCAUAGGAGCAGUUGGGGUUAACUGGGGUUUUGGUGGAGCAGUGGAUGAAGCAGACUACCCACCUGCUUUUUUGGGCUGCUUUAGAGAUGUGUUUGUGCACUCACAUCUGGUGGUGCCUGUUAUAGAGCCAAAAGAUUCAGAUACCCAAGCAAACAUCACCGUGGGAUGCAGCGACAAAGACAAGUGCGAUGACAGCCCAUGUCAGAACCGAGGACGCUGUGUGAACCAAGGCUGGAGGAGCUACAUGUGUGAGUGCCUCAGACCGUAUGAGGGCACUAACUGUGGAGAAGAGUAUAUCACUGCAAGGUUUGGAAGCAAAGACUUGGAGAGUUAUGCUGUCUUCUCAUUAGACGAUGACCCAGGUGAUACUGUGACUAUAUCCAUGUUCAUUCGUACCAGACAGUCCAGUGGCCUGCUCCUCAUCUUGGCCAACAGCACAAGCCAGUACCUCCGCCUCUGGCUUGAGAAGGGCAGGGUCAAAGUUCAGGUCAACAACUUUGAGACUCUGGUCGGCCAAGGUGUGGUCACUGAUGGCCAUUUUCACCUGGUGACUGUGAAGCUGGAAGGCAUAUCAGCUAUGUUGUUCCAGUCAGCCCAGAGCCAGGGCUCUAUGUCCGUUAGGCAGAUCCAAGCCCAUUCUGGUGAUUUUGUCUUUGUUGGAGGGCUACCAGACCUGAGGGCCUCUGCUUCAUUUGGUGGCUACUUUAAAGGAUGCAUCCAGGAUCUGAGAAUUAACAGCAAACGACUGCAGUUUUAUCCCAUAACAACUUCAGUUGAAUCUUACAACCUGGAGAAACUCAUCAACAUUGCAGAAGGAUGCAGCAGUGACAAUGCCUGUGCUGUCAACCCCUGUCUCAACGCUGGAGUGUGUUACUCCAUGUGGGACGACUUCAUCUGUAACUGCCCCCCCAACACUGCAGGCCAGCGCUGUGAGGAGGUGAAAUGGUGUGAGCUGUCUCCCUGCCCUGCCACUGCUGUUUGCCAGCACGGCCCGCAGGGCUUUGAAUGUUUGUCUAAUGUGACAUUUCGGGCUGAAAGUGACGUUUUGCUCUAUCAGAGCAAUGGGAAGAUUAAGCGUAGCCUGACCAGUGUCUCCCUCAGCUUCCGCACGAGACAGUUUGCUGCCACUAUACUGCAUGCACAAGAGGGCUCAGCCUACCUCACCAUCUCCCUCCAGGACUCUCAUGUGGUUCUGGAGCUUCAGGCUAGUGUUGACAAGGAUCCCCUCAAGAUGACUGUACAAAGCCAGGAUUCAGUCAGCGAUGGUGAGUGGCACACUGUGGAGCUCAGCAUGGACAACCAGACUUCCAGGUGGUUCAUGGCAGUGGAUGAAAGUAAAGAGGAGCUGUCCAAAAUAACUGCUGGAGACCUGGAUUUUCUUAGGGAUGGAGUAGACAUCUUCCUUGGGGGGAUGAGUCUGGAUGCUGGAGUGAGCCUGUCCGGAUGUUUGGGCCCAGUAGAGAUCGGAGGCCUUCUUCUUCCUUUCCACUUGGACACAGAGCUGAACCUCCCCAGACCUCAGGAGGAGCAGUUUGCAAGAAUAAACAUCAACGCUGCCCUGCGAUACGGCUGCUGGGGAGAUAGUGUGUGUGAACCCAACCCCUGCCAGAACGAGGGUGCAUGUGACGACCUGUUCGACCUCCAUCACUGCAUGUGUCCCUCCGAGUGGAAAGGGCCGCUGUGCCAAGACCCGUCAGACAGCUGCUACUCCAGCCCCUGCAUCUAUGGCGGCUGCGUCAACCUGUCUGAGGGCUACAUGUGUGUAUGUGAGCAGGGGUACACUGGUGAACAGUGUGAGAAAGAAGUCGAUUUGUGUGAAAAUAGCAAUUGCAGCAGUGGUGCCACGUGCCUCAAAGGCUUCCAGAGCUACUCAUGCCUCUGCCCCCUGAAUCUGACAGGCCAGUACUGCAAUGAGAAGAUUCCUGAGAUCCCGUGGUACAUUGAGACAAACCCACUUCCUCAGUUGCCUGUAUCUACCUGCAUGGGUACCAGGUGGAACUACAGCUGCUUUAAUGGAGGGAACUGCUCCGAGGCAGACAACACCUGCUACUGCCUGCCUGGUUUCACAGGACAGUGGUGUGAGAAGGAUGUUGAUGAAUGUGCCUCGGACCCAUGUAUGAAUGGAGGCUUCUGUAUCAACUACGUAAACAGUUUUGAGUGUGUGUGUGAUAUGAACUACUCAGGGAUACACUGCCAAAUGGAUGUAAGUGACUUCUACUUGUACAUGUUUUUGGGCCUGUGGCAGAACCUGUUCCAGCUGAUGUCCUACCUUAUCAUACGCCUCGAUGAUGAGCCAGAAGUUGAUUGGGGAUUUCAAUGA